GCCAUCCAAAUAUUUACAACACACGAUUUCUGUCUUGAUGUCUAAUGAGAUUCCAUUUGAGGAUUGGAGAGAUGUCAGCCAGCUCUCCUUUGAAUGGGCUGACUGUUACGACGAAAAAAACUUUGAACGUUUAGCAAGAAUUCUUGCCCCGACUUUGAAAAUCGACUAUACAAUGGUUUUUGGCAAGUCCUGGAGAUCAUUGCCAGCAGCCGAUUUUGUGAAGAUGAUAAGCAACCCCAAGUUGUUGGGCAACCCCUUGGUACAAACUCAGCAUUUUCUUGGAGCCUCGAAGUACGAAAAAAUUUCUGAGACUGAAAUUCACGGUACUCACCAAAUUCGAGCUGCCCACCAGAAGUAUAUUGAGCCUGACAAAAAGAGUGUUUACGCAAAGGGCCAUGGGCAUGCGAUCAUGGUCCACUUUUACAAGAAAAUUGAUGGGCAGUGGAAAUUUGCUGGCCUUAGACCAACCGUUCGCUGGAAUGAAUUCGAAAUGGACAAAAUUUGGAAUAAAUUUGACAUGGAGCAAAUUUGGCCCCCCACCGAUGCGUAAGGCCACAUUUUACGGAUGGAUUGAGC